UUUUCAUAAAAACUUCAUCGUAGCGGGGGCGAAACUUCCCGACGGCGAAACUUCGCGACGGCGCUACAUGCGCCGUCUUGUUGUCGUAAAAUGCAUCGGAGGCAGCCGCGAUUGUGAUGCCGGCCGCACCUGGCAUCACUGUUGCUGCCAGCGGCCGUUUCUCUCAGCACUGCCGCAAUCGCCACCUAAUUCAUCUUAAUAGUCGCAAAAUUGAAACGAGUUAUAAUUUUCGCAAAAGUCAUUCUUUAACUCAUGGAGAUGUUUAAACCGUUUAUUAUUCAGAUAAUGGGGUUUGACUAGUUUCAAACUGGUUUCAGGCCAGAAAUAGUUCUCAAAAAAAAGAAGAUAUGGAAUGUGUGGUUCAGGGAAUUAUUGAGACACAGCAUGUUGAGGCCCUUGAGAUUCUUCUCCAGGGGCUAUGUGGUGUUAAAAGAGAGCGAUUGAGGAUCCAUGAAAUAUGUCUUAAGAAUGGUCCAAAUCUCGGCACAGUGGCCUCAGAGGUUCGACUUCUAUGUGAUCUAGAGCAAACUGAACCAUCAUGGACUGUUAGACAUGUAGGUGGUGCAAUGAGGGGUGCUGGUGCUGAUCAAAUUUCAGUUCUAGUUAGAACAAUAGUGGAAAGCAAAGUGAGCAAAAACGUGCUUCGAAUGUUCUAUACACUGGGGUACAAGUUAGACAAUGAGCUUCUGAGGGUGGGGUUUUCCUUCCAGUUCAAUUAUAGGGUGGCAAAUGUCAUUGUGGCACGAAUCACUGUAACGGUUUCGUCAGUCAAUAAAAUGAUGAAGCUGCAUGCUACUGACGAGGCCGUGCCAAUAACACCUGGCAUACAGAUUGUCCAAGUAACAGCACCUGCUACUGCUGAAAACUAUACCGAUGUUGCUGCUGGUAUGCAAUCCUUUUGCGAAUACCUUGCCCCGCUUCUUCAUCUGUCCAAACCGGGCGUUUCAACUGGUGUUGUUCCUACUGCUGCUGCCGCAGCUGCAUCUCUAAUGUCUGAUGGUGGGGGUACACCUUUGCAGUAGGCUGAUAAUGUUGUAUGCACAUACAUAACUUGAUGUAUGUCAAAGUUCCAUGGUCAUACCAAUUUUUUCUUCAUGAGAAGAUGAAUUUUUCAAUUAACAUGGGAUGGUUAUGAGGAAGACUAAUAUGAUAGAACAAUGUUAGUUACUUGAUGAUCAAUCAGUUGGUAGGUAGAGGAAGAGUCGCCUUUUUGGCAUGUGAUUGUAUUUCAGGAUAUAGAAACUUCCCUUUCUUGUACAUUUGUUAAAAUCUAAUUGUCAAAAUGUAAUUCACCAAAUGAGAAAGAGAUACAUGUUUUAUUA